GUCAAAUUAACAAUGCUUCUGGUAAUUCAUUAUCUCCAAUGAUUUUUUUAGGACUUGACGUAUCUGGGUUAUGAUAAAGCUAUGACAUCGUUGAUGUGAGUUAACAAAUGACAGAAACAUCGAGCAUACUACCAGCAUCGAAUUACAGAAGCAACGAUGACAACUGAAGCUGAAGAAUUUAAAGAGUUGAAAACUGAUAACCAAGAGCUAUGUUACGAGUUAACGGAAAACAAAGUUCCCGACGGAGGAUUCGGAUGGGUGGUUUUAGUGUGUUCGUUCUUUGUAAUGUUCAUGAUUGAUGGUUUAUUCGGAUCUUACGGACUUUUACUUCCAGUUUUAAUGGAAAAUUUACAUGCUAGUCCUUCGUUGACUUCUCUAGCUGGCUCGGUCAUCGUUGGAUGUCUUUUAUUUAUUGCAAUUGUUGCCUGUCCUCUAAUAGAAAGAUUUGGUUGCAGAGUUGUAGCUAUAACCGGAGCACUGAUUGCCACACUAGGAUUAGUUUUAAGUUCUAUGGCUGUUAAUAUAUGGAUGUUUCUGGCGACUUAUGGAGUAGUCACAGGUUGUGGUAUGGGACUUAUGUAUUUACCGUCAAUAGUAAUGGUUAAUCAGUACUUCGACAAGAAAAGAGGCAUUGCACAGAGCAUCAUGUCUGCUGGUUCCGGUAUCGGAUUGAUGGUUAUAUCGCCUGUGACAGAAAAGUUGCUCGACGUUUAUAGCUGGCGGGGAACACUUUUAAUUCUUGCUGGUUUCUUCCUGCAGUUAUGUGUUGCGUGUGCGAUGUUUAGGACUUACAAGGUAAUAUCACCUCGAACCAAGAAUGCCAAAGAAACGAAAGCGAUGGGAGAAAUUUUCAAAGAAAUUGAAAUUGAAAUUUUAGUUGAUCAACCAAAUUCAGAGAUUGUAGAGCAGGGCCACAUAAAGUCUGUGAAAUCCCUUGAUAAUGAAAGUUUUAAAAAGAGUAUCGGAAGUUUACAGAAAACAGAAUUGAGUGAAAAGUGCACAAAAAUUCAUUUUGAAGGAAAAUGUUGUAAAAAACAUGCCUUGCAGUUUGCGAAAACAGAAAGUUUUAAGCAUAGUACUAGUAGUCUACCCCAAAACAUGUUUAGAACACCUUAUGAGAAAAGUUCAUUUCUCCCAUUCCGCUCUAGUCACUGUAUAAGUGAACCUCAUCAGCAUUCAUCAUCUCUAUUCAAAAAUGUAAAGACAGGCAUUCUCUCUCAAAAAGACAUUUUCUACUGUGGUAGUUUAACUCGUCUUAAACAUAAUAGUGACACAAAAAGCCUUAUUGGUUCAAUAGUUAUUAGAGGAGACGAAUACAGUUAUAGCAAAGUAUCUCUAGAUACUUCCAAUUCUUCUGAUGGAAGUGAAUAUGACCAUAAAGUAUGCAACGAAGGUCUGUGUGCUAAUAAAACAUUUUGGUUCAUCGCCAUCGCAGCAGUUCUUUCUCAGAUGGCACAGUUCAUUCCGAACAUGUUCCUUGGUGAUUAUGGAAAAACCAUUGGAUUAAGCAGUAUGCAAGUGUCUUGGAUAUUUUCUGUUUUUGGUGUGGUCAAUACUUUAGGUAGACUCCUGCCAGGUUUUAUCAUCGACAAUACAAAAUUAUCAUCUGUAUGCCUAUGUGUUAUCGGUAUGGUUGGGUGUACCAUUACCUGUUUUAUGUUUCCGUUAUGUGACCAAUUUGCAUCUCUGAUGGCGUUUUCUUCUUUUUUCGGAUUCUUUAUAGCAUUUUACUGUCCAUUACAACCAAUCAUGGUUCUAGAUAGUGUUGGAUUAGACAACCUAACUAAAGGAUUAGGGGUACUUACUGUUCUUAAAGCACCAGCGGCUGUAUUUGGACCACCUUUUGCAGGAGUUCUCUAUGAAUGGACCAAGAAUUAUGACAUCGCAAUACUGUUUGCCGGAUGUCUAUGUUUGUUAACAAUAGUAGUUUAUCUAAUUACUCCAGUAUACAACUACCUCAUAUCUCUUUGUAAUUCAAACAAUGACAACACAUCUAUAACCCUCUCGUCAAGUGAUUCUACACUUUGACGGAAGGGAAAACAUAGGACUUAAUUAUUGGUGUUUUUUUUUAACUGUUUUUGUUCUUAGUUUUGAUAAUCUCAUUUGUGUUUAAUAUCUGUUUUUAUAUAUUUUUUGAGAUAUAUUAUCUCCCAAAUAAAACGACUAAAACACUCAA